AUGGAGAAAAAAUUUCGCGCACUACCCUGCAUCGAAAGACAGAAGGAUGGGCUUGAGGUUUUGAAACUACCAACCUAUGCGGAUGUGGUGGAUCGAGCAUACAUUGCGGAAAAAUGGAUUAAAGCCUCUCAUUCUGGAGAAAUAAACCAAAAGAAGCGAUUUUGGGAAAGAGACAACAGAAGAUCUGGUGCUGCGCCCCGAAAAAAGGUAAAUACGACCACAACUAGGUCAGGUAAUGAAGGUCCUAUUAACCUCAGAGGUGACACUAUUCCAAAUUGCCCUAUGUGUGGGAAAGCUCAUUGGGGACAAUGCCAUCGAAGCACAGGAGCAUGCUUUAAAUGCGGUCAAGUUGGCCACUUGCUGAGGGAUUAUCCAAAGUUGUUUACCAAUCCAACAGGCUCCUCUGAACUAGCCUCAACACCUGCAGUACCUGGAGGAGUGAAGAAGGACCAAAAACGCCAAAGAAGAGCUUUCUCCUUGGUGAGUGGAAACCUGGAGGUCACCGAGAAUGUUGUGUCAGGUACACUUUUUGUUUAUGGUCAUUUAGCCCAUGUCCUCAUUGACUCUGGUUCAAUUCAUCAUUUUGUUGCACCACACCUUGUUUCCAAGUUAGCAUCAAUACCCGAACCCUUAGGAUAUAUAUUGUCUGUGUCAUUUCCUUCUGGUGAUUCUACCCUUGGUACUGAUGUGUACAAAUCUUGUACUAUAUCCUUAAAAGGCGAAACCUUAUACAUAGACUUGAUUUCCCUCCGUAUUGGUAACUUCGAUGUGAUCUUAGGAAUGGAUUGGCUGGCUGCCAAUCAAGCCUCUAUCGAUUGCAAAGCCAAAAAAAGGCCCCCAUACUUGAUGCAAUCCUCGUGGUUUGAGAAUUUCCGGAUGCUUGAAGACCUACCUGGUACCCCAGUUGAUCGGGAAAUCGAAUUCAUCAUUGAAAUUCAACCUGGUAUCUAA